AUGAUUUUUAAGGGUUCUGAUAAGUCAAAGUACUGUGCUGUUGGUGGUGGUGAUGAUGGCCAUUUCAAUUUUAAGCGGCACACAUCAUGGUCAGAGAAAAUUACUCAGCCUUCAGAAGUGAGGAAUCCAGUUUCUUAUGAUGAUGAUGAUGUCUCUUUGUCACAAAGGUUAUCCCGGAUGUCGCAUUCUGGAACAUGGACUACCAACCGUGAUGUUCCUAUUAAGAAGAGGCAUAAUACUGCUCCAGUGUCAUUGCCAGUUAAGAGACCAUUAUUUGACAACAGAAGUUCCUUGAACACUUCUGUUAAGAAAUCAAAGGUGUUACCAUAUGAUAAUCAACGUAAAGAUAAAGACGAUACUCCUUUGUCGAGGAGCCUUGCAAUGCCAGUUGGUAAAUCUGCUGAUAAGUCACUUUCUUCGCCGAGGAAAGAAUUUGCAUUGGUAGAAAAAUCAUUUAACGAUUGCAAAAAGAAAAAACAAGAAGAGAAGAGAUUGCAGUCCAUAAAGAGAGAUAUUGAGGAGUGCUCCAAAGAGCUUGAAAAUAUGAAAAAGGAAAUUAGUGAUGCUGGAAGAAUUAAGGAAGCUCACAAGAAAAUCCAGGGGAAAAUUGAAGAAUGUGUCAAGGAUUUUGCAGCAAAGCAAGCACAACUUUGUUUGAUGGACAACUUGAUUGCAGAGCGGAACGAAGAAGUAAAGACAAAAGAAACAAAACUUCGUCCACUCAUGGAUAACAUUGAUAAUAUCUAUGAAAGGAAGAAACAGGAACUCAAGGAUCUUUCCCAAAAUAUUGCUCAGUGUACUGUGGAACUCAAGAGCAAAGAGAAAGAGCGUGAUGCAAUGAAGAAAUUAAUUGACAGACAAGCAGAAAUACUAGAGUCUGAAAGGAAGAAGUUACUCAAGGUAACCCAAUUGAGUAAGAAUGAUCCACAUGCUCAAGUAAAGGGCCUUGAGUCAAUGAAGAAGCAAUUUGAAGAGCAGGUUAAAGAGCUUGAGUUAAAAGAGAAAAGGUGCGGAGAACAAGUGGUGGAGCUUGAGUCAAAGGAGAAGCUCUUUGAAGGCCGUGUAAAUGAGCUGAAGUUAAAAGAGAAGCAACAUGAAGACCAAGUGAUGGAGUUCAAGUCGAAGGUGCAGAAAUAUCAUGGCCAAAUGAAGCAGCUUGAAUCUGAAAAGAAGCAUUUCAGUAGCCGAGUGAAGGGGCAGGAAUUAAAAGAGAGGCAAUAUGAAGGACGAGCGAAGAUGCUAGAGUUAAAAGAGGAGCAACUCAAUGACCGAGUGAAGGAGUUUCAUUCAAAAGAGGAGCAAUUCAAAGGCCUGGUGAAGGGCCUUCAGUCAAAAGAAAACCAACUUGGUGUCCGUGUGAAGGAGCUCGAAUCAGAAAAGAAGAAAUUCGAAGGACGAUUGAAGGAGUUCCAGUCAAAACAAAAGUUGCUUGAAGACCAAGUGAAGGAGAUUCAAUCAAUAGAGAAGGAAUUUGAAGACCGAGUAAAGGAACAUGAAUCCAAAGAGGAGGAAUUCAAAACUCGAAUGCAGGAGCUCAAGCGUUUUGUAAGCCAAAUGGAUGGUUUCAAUUCAGAAGAGAAACAAUUUGCAGGACGAGGGAAAGAGCCAGAGUCAGAAGACAAGAAAUUCAAAGUACAUUUGAAGGAUCUUAAGCCAAAAGAGAAGCAGUUUGAGGGAUGCAUGAAGAGUCUUGAGUCAAAGCCAAGUAAAUUUCAUGGAAAACCGAAGCGGCCUGACUUAAGAGAGAAACAAUAUGAUUCUUUAAUAGAACCAUUCCAUCAAGAAACAGAAUUGGAUUUUGUCGAGAAUCUUUUCAAGAGACAGCAAUACGAUGAAGCUGUCAGAUUCAGUCGUGUAUAUAACUUCAGCGACAAUAAUCAACUAUUUGGUCUCUUUGAAGAACAUGUGCAGAAUCUAAAGCUAAUUUCUGAGAGUACUUGCAAGGAAACUAACUCCAUUGAAAUUAAGGACAAGGCCAGAGAUCAAGAAGUUGCUUGUCUCAUAGCUGUUCUACAAUGCAUUAUAGAUAACAACCUAGAAUUCAAGGAUCUACUUAACAAGAUUGACAAUCGUAUUCUUGAGCUACAGAGAGGCAAAUAG